CCAUUGGCUGCUGAGUGGCCAGUCAGGCCUUGGCUUGUAUUUCAAUAUUGGGUAGCAGAAGCAGAAGUGCUUUGGCUGAGCGCUGCUCUGUGCGGUCAGCUCCAGUGAAACUGCAUCGUGGCUUUUCAGAAGAACAUAAACAAAAGGGAGCUGAUCUAAAGUACGCGGGGCUUUGGGCUGAACCGGGGGGCUUUCAGGGGUAGUUGCCAUCUUUGUCUUGGGGAACAUUUGAAGAGUUUUAGUCACGUUUUUUCAAGAUGGCAGACGCUGAAGAAGUUUCUUCCACAACUCCAAAUGGAGUGCAAGAGGAGGCAGCAGCAGGAGCAGGAGGAGGUGGUGCUGGAGGGGUGCAGGAAAAUGUGGUACCGGUGGGGGACUUAAAGGGGAGCAGCAAUGAGGCCGAGGCUAAAGAGGAAAAUGUAAAAGAUGAGACUAAGGAAAAAGAGGUAGUGGCUCCAUCUUCAGUUCCAGCUCCAGUAGCAGAACCUGAACCAGUGGUGUCCAGCACAUUGGAGGAACCAGUGAAAAAACAGGAGCAAAAAGUGGAGGAGCCCACUACAGACAAAGCUGAGACUGAGCUAUCUGAGAAGACUGACUUAGUUACUUCUUCUUCAGAGACCAAGGAUGUGAAGGAAAGUGUUCAGAAAGAGGAGCUUGAGAAGCCUGAGAAGCUUGAGGAGCAGCAGCAGGUUGUUGUAGAAGAAGCACAAACUGCAGCAACAGCAGAUGUAGUAGAAGCAGCAGCAGCAGAGCCAGUGCAAUCACCAGUAAUAGAAGAAACAGCAGAAGUACCAGCAGCAGCAGAAGUACCAGUCGUAGUACCAGUAGAAGCAGUGCCAGCGGUGCCAAUAGUAGAAGCACCAGUACCAGUAGAAGUACCAGCAGCAGAAGUACCACCAGUAGUAGAAGAAAAAGCAGCCGAAGUACCAGUAGUAGUGCCAGAAGAAGUACCAGUAGUAGAAGCAGUAGAAGAAUUAGUAGCAGCAGCGCCCGUGCAGGAGGUCACGGCAUCACCAUCACCACCCCCAGCAGCAGCAGAGGAAUCCUUGAAAGCGCCUCCGGCUGAGGAGCAGAAGCUACAGCAGCAGCCAGAGCAGGAGCCAGUAAUCACUGCAGUGCCUGAACCUGCUGCAGAGCCAGCAGCCGCUGUUUCAUCGACUGUGGAGUUUGAGGAGCCUACAUUGCCUGCAGAGAAGGAGAAGGAGGUGAUAGAGGAGCAUCAGGACUUGGGCAUUCACAUUAACCUCACUGCAGCUGCUCCAGCACCCGAGGUGGAGGAGGAACCGACUCCAGCAGCCCCUGCACCACCAUUAUCACAUGAACCCAGUCUUCCUGCCCCUGCGGCUGCCUCUGCUGCUACAUUUCCACCUCUGAUGCAAUUUACUUCAGAGUACGGAGAUUCUUCACCCAUAGCUUCACAGGACAUCGGCAAGAUAACCAUGGAUUCAUUCGGCAAUGAUUCACCAUCUAGGAGCAUGCCUAGAUAUGAGCCAGAUGUACUAAACCAAUCAGAUGACGACUUAAUGUUUGAAAUUAAAAAGCCUUUUCAAAAUUUCUCGCCUGUUAACAACCCUAGCAGUGAGUUUUCUCUUUUUGGAGAAACUACAGCAGACACAAGAGCGGCAACAAUGUCUGAUAGUCCAUCUCCAGACCUGGUCCAAAAUGCUCAUGAUGGAGAGCUGCAGGAUGAAGUACAGGACUAUGAGCAGUCAUUUGAUUCCAGGGAAGAGGCCACUGAAUCACUGAGGCAACAGCUUGCUUCCUCUGACCUUUUCACAACUGCCCCUAAAGAGCACGAGGAGUCUGGUUUGCCACCUUCUCUCCCAGAUAUCUUGAAGUCUUCUCCGCUAAACCCAGACAAAGUAGACUCGGGAUCGUCUGAGGGAAGCCCUGAUUUUAGUCCGGUCCAUAGAAGUGGAAAUGAUUCACCAAAUGCUCCUUUCUCCCUGUCAGGGAACAAUCCGUUUGCUUUUGAAACCAAGGUUCCUUUGCUUAAAGAGAUGACUGAGGAGACUGAAGCAAAGGCUGCUGCUGAAAAAGCAAAGAAAGAUGCAGAAACAAAGGCUUCAGAACAGAUGUUUGGCACCUUUGACCUUGUUAAGGAGGCAGAGACAUCUCCAAAAGGUACCGAAACCACAGUUGAAGACAAAGAUGACUUUAAGACUUUCAAUCAAGAUUCUGUUCAGAUGGCUGACAAAUUUGAAUGUCUUAGCUUCCCAACUGGAAAGGCUCAGGAACACUCUGAUUCUGAGAGUCCCUCUGCAGAUUCUUUAUCUCCAGUUUUGGAGGCUAUGGGAAAAAAUCCAGCAAGUUUCCAAAUCGAACCUGAAAAGAACAUUGUCAUCGAGGAAAGGGAGGAAGAGGAGGAAGCUGCUGACGAAGUGUCUGAGCAAGAGGUGUCAUCUGAAGAGUUUGAAUUUGUCGAGAAGCCUCCUCGAGGUGCUAUUGAUGAGUUUCUGGAAACACUGGACAACUCCAAGUUUGCCAAGGCUGCAGAAAUGGUUGAUGAGGAGGAGGACAUUCUGCCAAGCUAUGCAGAGAAGACUGAGGCCGAGGAGGAGGAGGAGGAGGAGGAGGAAAGCUUUACGGUACAAGAAACCAAGAAUCAAAGUUCUUACCUUCUACUAACCGAACCCUUAGAUGGGGCCUCUUCAGCGAGAGGUAAGGCUGGCCUAGAAUUGUCAGAUUUCCAAGUGCCCUCCCAGGCCCCCUUGGCUCAUUCCCCUGUGGUCAAAGCUGACACGAUGACCAUGAAGACAGCAGAACCGCAAGCAGUCAAGCUACCUAACCUGAAACUGGGAUCAGUGGUGGACCUCCUGUACUGGCGCGAUGUGAAGAACACAGGGGUUGUGUUUGGAGCCAGUCUCCUACUCCUGCUGUCUCUCAGCGUCUGCAGCAUCAUCAGUGUUCUCUCCUACGUGGCCCUGGCCCUCCUUUCUGUCACCAUCACAUUCAGGAUAUACAAGGGCAUCCUGCAGGCAAUCCAGAAAUCUGAUGAAGGGCACCCGUUCAAGCAGUACCUGGACCAGGAGGUUGCUUUGCCUGCACAGCUGGUCCAUAAAUACAGUGACAUAGCCCUCGGGCGAAUCAAUGCCACUAUGGUUGAGUUGCGCCGCCUGUUCCUGGUUGAGGAUUUGGUCGAUUCUCUCAAGUUUGCUGUGUUUAUGUGGAUUCUGACGUAUGUUGGUGCCUUGUUUAAUGGACUCACUAUCCUCAUUCUGGGUCUGAUUGGGGCUUUCUCGUGCCCGAUAGUCUACGAAAAGCAUCAGACGCAAAUCGACCAUUACGUUGCCCUGAUAAACAACCAGGUCAAGGACGUUGUUGGAAAGAUCCAGGCUAAAAUUCCUGGCGCUAAGAAGAAGGCUGAGUAAAGAGUAUAGAGGCCGUUGAGCUGGAAGGAGUCUGUCGAGUUUAAGGCUGGUGGGGUUGCUCUGAGGAUCAGGGUGUGGUGUCCUCCUCUACACUGUUAUUUUCAAACAUCUCUUUCUCUUUUUCUCUCCUACUGAAUCCCUCACACCCUGUUGAAAACUGCUUAUCGGUUUGUUCUCUCUUUUUCUCCCCCACUCUGUUUUAUUUUCCUUUUCCACCCAAAAAGGUCACUACGGUGAAGUUGUUAAACCAUUCGAGCCACUACAUGUUUUUCUUGAGACACUGACUGACUGAAAUAAAUGAGCAAAUAAUAUCUUUACUCUGUCACACAUCUCAAAACAAGAAAUAGUAUUCCAUUUCCUGGUUCUGUUCUUUUCUCAAACCACACCUACUUCAGAAAUAAUUUAAGUAUGUGUUUUUGUUUUUUAAAUGAGGGAGUGUUUAAUGGUACCACUUUUUUGGGGCAAAAAGGAACUCGGUAUCAGUCCAUUUUUGGUAUAAUUUAGUGUUACUGUGAUUGUACUGUUUUAUUGAUUAACUGUGUAGACUUUCACAACGCUUCUCGCUCUUUCAAGUGGCUCUUGUUAAACUACUAGCAAAGAGUUGCUCCAUAGCACUUCAUGCUUCUGAGUAUUUCUAGGCUAAUAGAAUCUUGCAAGAUAAGAGCAUAUAUCGAGACGUCAUUUCACCUCAUUGCAGCUAUAUAGUGAAAAAUCUCUGGAAGAACACGUUUACAGACGUUGACUUAAAAAAGAAAAAAGGAAAAAAAAAAGGAUAUUUAAAGUUGUUUUUUUUUCUGUGGACCCAAUACCUACAGCUGCAAAAAUAUGUAACAUGAAAUCUUAAAGCAUUGUUUGUUAUGCAAGUAAUUGUGAAUGAUAACUUCAUACAGUCGUGGUAAACUCAGUGGAAUGCAUUGUGAAAUGUAAACAAGCACCAAUAAAGCUUCUAGAUGAAUGACAAAUGAAA